AUGAACCCCACGGAUAUACCAACAACGCCAGCAGCGGCAGGAGCAGGAGCAGGACUCAACAACGAUCAGGAACUUCGUACGCCAGCUUCAGGGGUGCCGACACCUUCCACAAAUGCUGAAAGUAAUCUCACCUCACCGGCCGUGGUCGCACGCGAUUCGGCUUCCUUCAAAAGGCGUGAGGAGAACCUUCGAAUCACUGGAGAAAUUCUGCGUGAGCGUUGUGUUGACAAGCUGGAAAGACUAAACCAGUUGCGACAGGAAGUUGCCAAGAAGCAGCAGUCCACAGUAACGCGGCCGCAGAAUGACAACACACUGCAGGAGCAGCAACUGGCGAUUCUGCGGAUAGAAGAAGCACGUCUGAAGGCCGAGCACAAAAAAAUCCGAGACAACAAACACAACUUCCCUGAGCCAUUGUCAGAGGUGAACAAGUUGCGCGUCCGCCAAUCUAUCCACGACUCAAUCCACGAACUCGCGAUUAUGCUGCCCCACUUAAAGCAAGAACUCGAGGAGACACAGGCAGAACUGGCAGGAGAGAAGCAAUUGAUGAAGGAGCUCGAAGAGAUCCGACGAGCCUUGCAGGCGAGGCGACAGGAUCUUGCGACAUCGGGAGAGUCAAUAUCGAGCCAGCAGAGUACACAGGGACGGACAAAGAUGAUGGAGACCAAGGUCUUGGUUCAGGAGCUCAUGCGUGAAUUGACAAAGUUCCUUGCACGCUACUAUCCACCCGUUCAGCCCGACGACGAUGACGCGACGGUGUAUGACUUGAAGCAGGUGCUGGAGGAUAUCAUGAACUUGUCUGUGAGUCAACCUGCAGAUCCUUAUCUGGUGUUGGUGCCUGGAGAGUACUACCCGCCUCACAUCGAGCAAUUGAUCAACGCAGGGGUGGCCGUACGACAUCCUCGCGACUCGCAGCGACUUCGUCUCAUCGAUUUCUACUCCUGA